UGUUCCCAUAAAUAUUUUCAUUUUCUAAAAUGUAGAAAUCAAUCCUGAAUAUUCAUAGGAGCUGUUCUGCCCCAGUGUCCAUUAAAGAGGGAAGUGAAGAUAAAUUCCCAGUUUGAAAUCUCAGGAUUUGUUCCUUUUUUUCCAGCCUGGAAAUUAAUUUUAGUAAGGAGGCAGUGCUGUGCUGUUGCCAGCAGCUCCCCGAGGAUGGCCACGGACUGGCUGGGCAGCAUCGUGUCCAUUAACUGUGGGGACAGUCUGGGGGUGUACCAGGGCAGGGUGUCUGCUGUGGAUCAGGUCAGCCAGACCAUCUCCCUCACACGGCCCUUCCACAACGGUGUCAAAUGCCUGGUGCCAGAAGUCACCUUCAGGGCAGGUGACAUCACUGAGCUGAAGAUUUUGGAGAUCCCAGGGCCGGGGGACAGCAGACAAUGUGGGGACUCGCAGCAGAUGGACACAGCCAUGCCAGGGGUGGGCUGCCAGGUGGGGCCCAGCCAGAAUGGCACUGGCAAGGUGCUGAAGAAGCCAAUGUCCAGCAGUGCUCCUCAGAACAUCCCCAGGAGGACAGACAUGAAGAGCCAGGAGCUGGUGAUCUCCCCACAGCAGCAGUGCUCCAAGAGCUACAUGGAUCGACACAUGGAAACGCUGAGCCAGUCCAAAGGAUUCCGUCGGAGGCACAAUUCCUGGUCAUCCAGCAGCCGCCACCCCAACCAGGUGACCCCGAAGAAGAGCGGCCUGAAGAACGGGCAGAUGAAGAGCAAGGAUGACGAAUGCUUUGGGGACGACAUUGAUGAAAUCCCAGACACUGAUUUCGAUUUCGAGGGUAACCUGGCCCUUUUUGACAAGGCAGCCGUGUUUGAAGAGAUCGAAACUUACGAGAGGAGGAGCGGCACCCGCUCCCGGGGCACUCCCAACGAGAAACCCGCCCGCUACCGGCACGACGAGAACAUCCUGGAGUCAGAGCCCAUCGUCUACAGGAGGAUUGUGGUGCCCCAGAACCCUCACAAGGAAUUCUGCACAGACUCGGGGCUGGUGGUCCCCAGCGUGUCCUACGAGCUGCACAAGAAGCUGCUGGCUGUGGCUGAGAAGCACGGGCUGAGCCUGGAGAGGAGGCUGGAGAUGACAGGGGUGUGUGCCAGCCAGAUGGCCCUGAGCCUCCUGGGGGGGCCCAACAG